AUGGAGACUCCGGCGAGGUACCUCUUCUCUGCGCACCAGAGCCGCUCCGUUCCCGUCUCUCUCGGAGGGAUCAUGUGGAACAGCACCGAGUCUUCGGCAGCGCCGGCGGAUGGCAAAAGGCAGCUCGUGGUCCGGACCGUGACCGGCUGCUUGCUUUGCCUGCUCAUCCUGUGGACCCUGCUGGGGAACAUCCUGGUGUGCACGGCGGUGGUCAAGUUCAGGCACCUGCGGAGCAAAGUCACCAACAUCUUCAUCGUGUCGCUGGCCGUGUCGGACCUCUUCGUGGCCGUGCUGGUGAUGCCCUGGAAGGCUGUGGCCGAGGUGGCGGGAUUCUGGCCGUUCGGCGCGUUUUGCAACGUCUGGGUGGCUUUUGACAUCAUGUGCUCCACGGCGUCCAUCCUCAACCUGUGCGUCAUCAGCGUGGACAGGUACUGGGCCAUAUCGAGCCCCUUCAGGUACGAGAGGAAGAUGACCCAGAGGGUGGCUUUCGUCAUGAUCAGCGUGACAUGGACGCUGUCCGUGCUCAUCUCCUUCAUUCCCGUGCAGCUCAACUGGCACCGAGCAACGGGCGAGGACGCGGGCGCGGGCGCGGGCGCCGGCGCGGGCGCGGGCGCGAACCGCAGCGCGCGCGGCGCCAAGAAGGCCGAGAACUGCGACUCGAGUCUGAACAGGGAGUACGCCAUCUCCUCCUCCCUGGUGAGCUUCUACAUCCCGGUGGCCAUCAUGAUCGUCACCUACACGAGGAUCUACCGGAUCGCGCAGAUCCAGAUCCGGAGGAUCGCGUCGCUGGAGCGCGCGGCCGAGCACGCGCAGAGCUGCCGGGGCAGCCGGCUCGAGUGCCAACACCACAACACCUUGAAAACGUCCAUCAAAAGGGAAACCAAAGUGUUAAAGACUCUGUCGGUCAUCAUGGGGGUCUUCGUGUGCUGCUGGCUGCCCUUCUUCGUGCUCAACUGCAUGGUGCCGUUCUGCGAGAGGCCGCCGAGCGACGGCCGCGCGGGCCUCCCGUGCGUCAGCGAGACCACCUUCGACGUGUUCGUGUGGUUCGGCUGGACCAACUCGUCGCUGAACCCCGUCAUCUACGCGUUCAACGCCGACUUCCGAAAAGCCUUCUCGAGCCUGCUGGGCUGCCGACACUGGUGCUCCAACACGCCCGUGGAGACGGUGAACAUCAGCAACGAGCUCGUCUCCUACAACCAGGACACGCUGCUGCACAAGGAGAUCGCGAGCGCCUACGUGAACAUGAUCCCCAACGUGGUGCAGUGCAUGGACAAGGAGGACACCUUCGACAGGAUAUCGCAGUUCUCCCACAACAACGACGAGCUCCACACCGACUCCUUGUGCGACCUGGACGACUGCGACGCCGAGAUCUGCCUGGAGAGGAUGACGCCCUUCACCCCCAACGGUUUGCACUGA